UUCUCUGGUUGUCAAAGACUGGGUGCAGAGGGUGAUUGUAAAUGUCCAUUAUAGAGUCGACAACAGUGAGAGCAUAUUGUGUUUUUCAGGUGGACGAAGUCUUGGAGCCUUUCCAUCUUGCACCAGAGAAGCUGAAAGAGAUGUCCAGACUGCUUGAAGAGAGCUUCCAGAAAGGACUGAGCAAGGACACACAUGACGUUGCCGAAGUCAAGAUGCUACCGACACACAUCAGGAAUAUCCCAACUGGCACAGAGACUGGAGACUUCCUUGCUCUGGAUCUGGGUGGAACUAAUGUCCGUGUGCUGCAUGUGCGCUUAGAGGACAACGUGCAGAGCGUGCUGUACAAGAAGCGAGGACCUAUUCCAGAAGAUAUAUGGACAGGAGAACCAAAAGAGGAGCCAAUGCUCACCUAG